AUGUCAACAGGCGGUAACACAUUCCCAGGAAAGUUCAAUCUCUUCAAGUGCGAUGAGACGAGACCACAGUGUGUUGCCUGCGUUCAGCGUGGGUUGGACUGUAUAUACCAGCGGCCGCUUGUUUUCAAAGGCUUCAACGAACAGCAAUUUGACUCGCCGGAGGACGCGCGUCAUAGCGAUACGAAAAGAGUCCUGGAAGGAGGUCGCGUGAUCAGGGAGUCGUCUACCUUCGAAUUGGAAAACACGAUUAUCCACGCCAGUCGCGCGCAGCCCGAAUAUGCUACUAAGCUACACGAAAACACACAUCUUCUGCCUCAGGCGGACUAUCUGGUCUCGAACAAGGUCCUAAAUGUUUUCCGGGUUGGCGAAUCAUCAUACUCAACUUGUAGCAGCGUAUUAAAGCCCAUAUCUAAGCCUUCUUUACCGUCUUUGGACGAGUAUGCGCCUGGACUACAGCUUCAUGAACUAAGACGACAGUGGAAAGACGAUGGCAUUGGUCCUGCACCUCGAGCCGUGGAAGAUAGUGUUCGACUCAAAUUCUUCUCACACAGCGACUUUGGACGCGAGGGAACUGGAGGCGACAGCGACUCCGGCCACUUCUCGAAUAAAUCCCCUACACAUCCGAUACAGACCCCUUCAAGUUCGACCAGCCACUCGCAGUCGUGGGGAGAGUCACCCACAACAGCAAGUGAAUUCUCGGGCUCUCAACCUGGAUCUUUCCCCUUGCGUCCUGAGGUGGAGGAAGCCCUUCUCAUGUAUUUCGGUCAGCAAGUCCUCCCGAGGACUCCAGUUGGUGUAACGUUUCCCCAAUGGUUCUAUAAAAAUCGCUGUUUCCGGGCGGCCGUUCUAGCCCUUUCCUCGAGCUUUCUGAAAUUGGACCGAAAUCGAGGCAACAGUCACAAAGUCGCGAACGUAGCAGUUUAUGCACAUGGACGUAACGAUAAAAUCAACUGGCUGUACUAUGACACGGCGGUCAAGACUCUCAAUGAGCAGCUGGAGAGCCCACACAAAGAGGACCUGGAGCAGUUGGCUGGUGCGGCAUUGCUCCUGGCUUAUCAUGAUAUUGAGGUUGGCACCCCUCUUGGUGUGAGAAAUCAUGCAUGUGGGCUCGAUGCACUCGCAUCUCGAAUGGACUUUAGCACUUGUUCAACCCCCGGCUUAUUUAAAGCAUGGAGAAUGCUUCGCUGCGAUCGGAAGUUCUCAAGCCUGGCAACCCGCAAGACCAUAACUGCCGUCGAUGCAUAUGACAUGAGUAGUGUUCUUGAUCAACAGAUCGCAAUCCGAGAGGUUUUGAUUGGGCUUUGGAAACUUCACUCACGAUACUUCAUGGAAGCUACGUUUUUGUCAAACUCCCAAAUGGAGUCUCCACCACUGCCGCCCCUUUCAUCCGCAAAUGCUGAUGAUGAAGAGGGCAACAUUGUGCCGAGUCCAUCCGAGCGGGUUAGCCAAUGGCUUCAAUUGGUCCUCAACAGAGACUGCGACAUGCAUCAGGCUCAGCAGAAAGACUUUUAUUCUGACAGCCUUACUCAGCAUAUGAUAACACAGCAGUGUACUUACUUCGCCAGACAGCUAGACCAGUGGUACGAAGGGGUUGUGGAGGCUGAUCUACCAAGGGUGAAAAUUGGUACUGAUUCGGAUUUUGUGACAAGCAAUUCCAUCUCGGAUGUGUUGGUAACAUAUCGGCUUGCCAACGAGAGCAAGGCCCUUGAUCACAUUUUGUACUUGCUGUCUCGGAUGAUUUGCAAUUAUCUCCGAUCUGUGUUCAACCCUGGAGCAGUGGCUCCAGUCUCGGAGGCCUGGGCUAAAGUGAUCCUCGGGAUCAUUUGCGGCAUGAACUUCACUCGUCAAAACUUCACUUUGUUCCGUGUUGAUAUGUUACUUCUCAUCACCGCGCUUCUAAGCGAAGGGACGCGGAUUGUGAUGAUAAUUUUAGAGCACGUGAUCCCCCAUAUCAACAGCAUCGAUGAGGCCGACCCAGGAUUCUUUACGUGGUCGUACUUGAAGACCAUUCUCCAUCUCAUGACACAAGAGAGGCUUCAAGGAAGGACAAUCCGUUUAAUCAUUGAUGACUCCAUCCAAGACUCGGAACAGAGACAUACAGCUGUUAGACAUCGACUUGUUGCUUUUGGAGACUUCAGUGGGCAAGGCCAGUUUCGGGAUGUCUACAGCGUGGAGUGA